GAAGCAUAUCUCCACAUCUCUCUCUCUCUCUCUCACAAUCUCUCUCUCUCGGUUUCUCAGAGAGGUCCAAAAAUAGAAAGAGAUGGGUUUUGUUAUAGCUAAAGCACUUGUGCCAUUCCUCCUUUCAUUGCUAUGCUUCACUGUUUUUAGUGAAAAAGCUGAGUCACUGCCAGCUGAGGCACCCCAUCACCGGGGCUCCUACCACCACCACCCAACAGCAGCACCAGUGAGUGCGCCACCGAGUCAUGCACCUAGCCAAGCACCAACCCCACACCACCACCACCACCAUCAUGGUCACGCACCAGCUCCUGCACCUGUUCACACUCCAGCACAUGCACCAGUGCACCCACCAAAGCCUCACAUUCCCCCACCAGUACCCACUCACUUCCCAAGAAAGCUCGUAGCAGUUCAAGGUGUUGUUUACUGCAAAUCUUGCAACUAUUCUGGGGUUGAUACCCUCUUGGGAGCAAAACCAGUUCUUGGUGCUACUGUAAAACUACAGUGCAAUAAUACCAUGAAGCCACAAGACGUGAAGACUACAACCGACAAGAAUGGUUACUUCCUCAUCAAAGCGCCCGGGACCAUCACCAACUAUGGAGUUCACAAGUGCAAGGUGUGGCUAGUCUCAGCACCAAGUACUGCUUGCAGCAAGAUAACUAAUCUCCAUGGUGGACUGACCGGCGCCAUGUUGAGGCCUGAGAAGAAGCCUUUUGUUGAUGAAAAGAAGCGUGAAUUUGCUCUCUUCAGUGUUGGCCCUUUUGCUUUCGAGUCCAAAUGCCCUCGUUAAUCCCCCAAAGUUUGUAUUGGUUGCUGCCUACUGGUUUCUAGCAUUGCGUGUCGCCACUUUAAUUAGAGUUUCUUUUGGGCUAUGUAAUGGCAGUUUCUUAAUUAAUUACUUCAGCGUGCCGUUUGAGAGAAUAAUUUAUAGUAUCCAUAGAUUAUAAAUAAGCAUUUGCCUUUUA